UAAGAAAUCUCAAUCACGUAGUAGCAAAGCGGGUCUUCAAUUUCCCGUUAAUCGUAUCGCCCAUUUUCUGAAAGCGGGUAAAUAUGCUGAACGGGUCGGAGCUGGAGCUUCGGUUUACCUUGCUGCUGUUCUUGAAUACUUUGCUGUUGAGAUAACCUCUUCUCUCCUUGUUGGGGUUGGUGUAUGGGAGCAAAUCUCUCUACCUGCAUAUAACAGCCGGUGCUUUUGGAGUCGAUCAUCAUGAAGGGCGCUGAUACUGUUUAUGAAUCUUCAGUGAAAAACCAAAUUUAGGAAGCCCUUCUCAAUCUUCAUUCGUAAGUAUCUUGUGUAUUAAGUUCUGCUCUUCCUUUUAGCAUUCCUUUUUCUUAAGACUUUCAGUUACCAUUGUGAACUUUACCUUUUCUAGAUGACUUAACGGAAGGAUGUAUUGAUGAGGAGCUUUAUUGUUUGAAUUCUUCUUCUCUUUAGGUCUUUCGUAUUUUAGAUUCUUUUUACCUCAAUUAGUUGUUGAACCUGUGAAUUCUUCCCUUUCUUGACAUGUGCAACUCCAUUAUGUGUGAUAUAACUGUUUCUUUAUGUCCUGGUUUAAUCUACUACAGCAUUUGACAAACGUUAUUCCUGGAAAUUUAUCUGAAGUAGCUUUUGUAUGAACUGGGAAGUUAGGAGUUUGUCAUGUAGAUUCAUGAAACUUAAAUAAACAUUUGAAAGUUACCUUUUGGAGGGAAGAAUGGGAAAGUAAAGCUGUUUGUGGAGGCUUUGCAUAAUCUUGUGUUUGCUUGAAGAAUCCUUAAAUUAUAGUCUUGCCCAGUUGUGAUGUUGUGACAUAUAAAGAAUCUGCUAUAUUAUGCAUCAAACAUGAUAGACUAUCAACUCCAGCAUUUCUCUUAAUUUUAUACGCAUAAGAUUGAAAAUAUAAUACAUAAACUUAAAGAUCUGCCUUAAAGAGAGUAUGCUACAAAGACCUUAAACUGUUUUGUCUCAAAGCAAUUAACUUAGGAAAAAAAACCACUGUUGCAUAUGUCUCUGGUUUUAUCUCUACAUAAGAAUUUUUAUCACUUAAGUUUAGUAGUUAAACCAGUUUCUUCUUUUUUUGUUCUUCAAUUUAGCAAGUGUUUAUAUAAGGUAUAUAUUUUUUUCCCCAAAAGAACAUUUUAUUUUUGAAACUUGAAAGAAAUAGAAAACUUUCUCUAGUUCUCUUUUUUCUAAUAGCAAUAACGUUAUAGUAGGAAAAACUAGGGGUUCUUAUUUCUCAAGUGGCAAUAAAAUUGUGACUCAAUUAGAAGGUAACAAGAAGAUCAGGGGUAAAUUUGCCAAAUUGAGUUCCCCUCAACAACUUUUGUUCCUUUCCUGGACAAGUCCAAAACUCAUAAGUAAGUCAUAAUCCUUGAAGAGGUUACAUGAAUCAACAUCUUUUAUAUCCACCAUUGAUUCACUCUUUCAUCCAACGUCAUACAACCUCAAUCCUUGUCAUACUCUCUGAUUGGUCCACACUUCAAUCCAUCUAGUCUAUAAAACACCAAAAACCCAACCACUUCACACUCACAUACAAAGCAACUCAAUUCAACUCUACUACUUCACUUCAUUUCAUUCAAUCACAAACCAAAAACUUGUAAAAAAAAAAAAACAAUGGCAGGUAGAGGAAAAAUGUUAGGUUCAUGUGCGGCUAAGAAGUCUCAAUCACGUAGUAGCAAAGCGGGUCUCCAAUUCCCUGUUGGUCGUAUCGCCCGUUUUCUCAAAGCGGGUAAAUACGCCGAACGGGUCGGAGCCGGAGCUCCAGUUUACCUUGCUGCUGUUCUUGAAUACCUUGCUGCUGAGGUACUUGAAUUGGCUGGAAAUGCCGCUACGGAUAACAAGAAGACUAGGAUUGUGCCAAGGCAUAUUCAGUUGGCUGUGAGGAACGAUGAAGAGCUGAGCAAGUUGCUUGGUGAUGUUACGAUUGCUAAUGGUGGUGUUAUGCCCAACAUUCACGACCUUUUGCUUCCAAAAAAGGCUCGUAACUCCUCGAAACCCGCUGCUGAUGAGGAUUAAAUGGAUGAUCUGGGGUUAGGUUGUUUGGUUUUAUUAGUUUAGUUAAAUUAGGUUAUGAAAUUAAGUAGUGUCAACAACCCUCAAACCCUUAAUGUUCUUUACCCUAGUUGUUUUAGUUGUUAAGAGUCUAUGUUUAGUGUGAAUACAAAUCAGUGAACCAAUGAAAUAAACACCAUUUUCCUUUUUCUAGUUCUGUCCAGUUCAGUGUCUCCUUGUAUUGAUAGAACCCUUUAUUCAUGAAAAGUUUAGCCUAUGAAGAUGGUCUUUAUAUAGAAAUUUGGAAUGUUGUUCCUGUUUUCUUUAAGCAUAUUAAUUGAAGUUGUUCUUAUACAAA